AUGACCACUCUACUUCCUUUGAUAUCUUCUGCAGAAUAUCAAAAACACAAAAUACAUCGAAAUGUCAAAUGGAUCUUGUCAUGUGUUAUUAUUAGUAUGAAGCGCCUUGUUCCUGCAGUUGUUCAUGAACUGUGGAAAUACGACUUCAUUCGGUAUGUGAUUACGCACAAGAAAGUUGUGUUAUCUUACAUGGAUGGAAAGGAUGCUUGUUUGUUUGUUCCUGCGAAUAAUUCCAUGAACCGUCGCCUCAAGAAAUCGGAUGUCGUCAUUCACUUAAUGCGCCAAGUUAGCAUGAUUCGUUUUGAAAAUGAGAAAAAGCAACAGAUUGCUGUUGUGGGAACGGACGUGAGGCUCUGUAGGGGCUUUCCCGAAGUUCGUGUUUUCUCUCUGCUUCAUUCCUACACCUUAUCGUUAGAGGAAGUGAAGUCCCUUCUUUCAAAGGGUCGUCCCCAUUCAUUUUUGAUAUCAUUCAACAAAGCUGCAUGUUUACGUAUCUUUAUUAUAUCCGGCCUUUUAAACUCCUCUUUUGAGUACCCAAUCUCUCCUGAAGAACUCACAGAAAGUCAAGCCUUUCGCACUGUUCAGUAUCUUUCGGUCUUCAAAGCGUUGACACCCUGUCUUGACAUGUUAAAAGAAGCUGUUGAUCGCUCCAAGAUCGAGCUCGCCGCCCUAUCUUCUCCCCAAAACAGAGAUUUUCUUACUGUUUCUACUGUGUCCAAUGUUUCUACGGGUACUGCGGGUGCCACGGGUGCCACGGAUACCCCGGUUUCCACGGUUUCCACGGGUACUCCGAAUGCGACAGCGAGAAAACGUUUCGAACAAUCGCUUCGCCAGAAAGGACGCGAUUUGGUUACAACAAGUCGAGCUGUAACGAAAUCGAUUUGUCAAGUCUGCGAUUCAUUGAAAGAACAACAAGAAAUCGUGUUCUAUGUUUGUGUUUCAUCGAAUUCGUAA